GCGGCAUCAUUUCUGUGGAAACGAGACGCCAUCUUGACAUUUCUACAAACAAGAAAAGAAGACUCGUAAAAAUGUCUACAUUUGGAAGAUCAAAAGGAGCUCGAUCAACCUCUCCGAUGCGCAGUCAUUCGCCAGGGAAUCUUCGUCGUUCUGGUAGCUUUGGCAAGUCUACUGGAAAAGGACUAGCAGCUUCCUUUGAUUCUUCUGCAGCUAGAAGUAAACACACGCGGUCAUCAACAGCUGAUGUAGGAAACAUAGAAAAUGAAUACAUUAGGAACCUUCAGCAACAAAUAUAUUUCUUAGAACUGGAAGCAAAUUAUCUUCGAGAACAGUCAAGAAAGGCAUCAGUUAUUCCUCCAAGAGUGACAGAAGAAGCAGACAGAAUGAUGAGAAAAUUACGUGACCUUCAGGCUCAACUAGAUGAGCGAUCCAAUGAUAACAGCAAGAAGGAAUCCAAGAUCCUCAUGCUAGAGGCUGAAAAGGACACAGCUAUCAAGAGGUUGCGUGAUGCACAAGAGGACCACGAGGCAGAGAAACGCCAACUUGUCAAUGAGAUAGUAUCUUUGAAGAAACUCAAAAAUAUAAGUGAGAGGGAUUCUACAAGAAAGGAGAUGCAAGUUCACCAGUUCAAAGUCGAAGCAGAAAAAGGGUUAACAUCACUGCAAGAGGCUGAAAGGAAAAUCCAGCAAUACAGGGUUGAGAUGGAUAGGAAAUCAGAAGAAGUAACCUCUCUCAGGAUCCAGUUAGAAGAACAAAGAGCCGAGACGCUGAGACUCAAGACCCAACUACAGGAGAUGGAUGAUAGAUUCUUUGAUUCACAAGCCAAGACAAAGGAACAAUUGGGACGUGAACUACGGGAAGAAAUAAGACAGCUGCGACUACAGUUGAAAGAAAGAGAAGUCGGUGCAGAACAGGACCGCAGUCUGCGGACUAAGAUACAAGAUGACUGUACUGCCCUCAUUAAAGAGAACGCUGCCUUAGCUGCACAGGUCAUAGAACUCCAGAAACACAUCGAUAUGGACCGUUCCCAUCGAGACGAGAAGGACGUCAGACGGCAUGCGAAUAUACAAGAACUCGUCUCUCUGAAGGAGAGCAACAAGCAUCUAAAACUUGAGCUAGAAAAGACACAAGAACUACUGAGACUAGAACAAACAUCCCAUAGAAAAGACCUUGAAAAGCUGUCUAGAGAAGAACAAGCGUCCUUACAAGCGAGUCUUCAGAGAAGUCAUCUACAGAAUGAGCUGAGUGAAGUAGAAGUGAUGCAUGAUUCCAGUGAAGCUGAAAACAUGGCGUUAAAAAGAGACAAGAUCAUGUUAAGUGAUGAGGUUGCUAACCUGAAUGCUAAGCUGGAUGACAAAGAAGAUGAACUAGAUGGAAUGAAAUUACGGCUAGAAGAAGCCGAGUCAAGAAAUGCGCAGCUCGAAUCCAAGAUCCGCAUGCAAAGAAGCCUAGAAUCCAUUAAAUGGGAAGAGUUUGAAAAACUUGCUACAACCAUGAAAUCCUUCUCGAGAAACAUGAGUCCAAGCAAACACGAUAAAGACAUGUCAGACUAGACAACACACUGUAAACCAUAAGAUCACAGGAAGCCCAUUGCCAAAAUGAAUAAGUGCAUUUAUGGGUUAUGGGAUACCUGUGGGUAGCCUGACACUGCAUGGUUGAUCAAGUAACAACUUCUCCUUUCCUGUCAACAACAGCAAUAGCCAUGCAAGAAAAAAAUAUUGUCUGCUGCAAUAAAGAUUUCUCUUGGUGAUUUGGCGCUUGUACAAAAGGUGGAGAAAUAGUUCUCCUUUGUAAUCAUUAUAAUUCCGUCACGCAAUGCCACUGCAUUACGUCACGGCCAAGAGUUACUCCCCACAAGGUCGUAACGUAGGUCUAUUUUUAUAAGUGGUGUUAUCAGCAUGUUUGUUAUUUUUUUCAAUAAUAAAUGACUUCUCGUGAUAACUCCCACUU